AUGCGCUUUGCGGCUGCCCGCUGGGCAAGAUGCCGCAAUGCGCACUUGUCGUCCUGGUCGCGGAAUCUUAAUGCUGACCUCCGCUUCUACCGGGGUGUUGCAGCGGCCCCGAUGCUGCGCCUGGCAGCAGAGCCGAUGCCAAUUACUGGUUUCGUGGAGCAGCGCAACUGUGGUUCCUCCCUGGUCAGCAGCCUUUGCGCCUCCGGCGAGGAGUUGGACGCCUUGGAUGGUGGUGUUGCAGCAUCCCAGGCCAUCGCAGCAAUUCUGGAGGGGGUUGCAAAACUUGACGGCACUGUUAGCAGCCGCUUUGCAGAAAUGUUAGAUACAUCCGUACUAAUCUACAAACGCAGCAGCGGCUUGUCACACAACAUAAUAGGACCAUUUCAACCAGUCUGA